GUUUUCUUUCUAUCAGUACUUUCGCGUUUAACAAUAUACAGUAUCAUCCUCUAGUUUCGCGCCAAUAUAACAUUAUUUUUUCUACCUAAACGCACUAUUGUUCGUACGACCACAUUUUACUGUCAAAUCCAUGUCCCAUAAAAAAUAUGUUGUUACAGCGCAAAAACCAACAGCUGUCCAUUCCGCUAUAAGAGGAUCGUUUACAUCGCCUUAUGAAACUAACUUGAUACUGGGCAAAGGAAAUCGGAUCGAAGUUUAUACGAUAACAGCCGAAGGCUUAAAGUCCAUUGUUGAAUUCAGUGUUUACGGAACCAUUCUCGCCAUGAAAUUAUAUACCCCACCCGGACGAGAUAAAGAUUCAUUAUUUUUGUUAACAACUCGACAUAAAUAUUGUGUUUUGUCUUUUGAUUCCACUACACAACAAAUAAAUACCGACUCCAAUGGCGAGAUUGGCUUUCCAGGUCAGCAACCACGUAAUGAAAUUAUUCCACUUAAUGUUCAUCUCGUCGUCGAUCCUUCUUGUCGAUUCUUUGCAGCCAACCUUUACGAGUCCACCAUCACCUUCAUUAUACCCGAUUUCACGAAACCGAAGGAAUUGAACACGCCACAGACAGUCAGAAAGAUAUCUCUAAGGAGUAAGGAUAGUACAUUCGGCAGUAGAAGACGACAUGCACAUGAUAUCAUACAUCUACCUAAUGAUUUCAUGAAUAUAAGUAUGUUUGAUAAAAAGGUCAUUUCUUUAACAUUUUUACAGAACGACGACACGAAAACAAUAAAUGAAGAACAAGAAUCAUCCACUUUACUCGUUUUGUAUGACGACGCACUUGAUCACCGCUAUUUGCAGUCAUUUACGCUGAAUAUUAAAGAGCGCGAAUUAACACCAGGCGACAUUGUCAUGGACCAUUUUGAACCAGACGCUAAAUUACUUAUCCCCUUACCGCCUACACUUGGCGGCGUAAUAGUAAUCGCCCAAAAAUUCAUAAGAUACUUGAAGCCAAAUCUACCACCAGUAGCCAUUGGUAUUAAACCUUCCAACAUCAAUAGCUAUGCCAUUAUGAACUUGGACGGAACACGUAUAUUAUUGGGAGAUCUAAAAGGAGAGCUGCAUCUUUUGACGUUGAGCCUCGACGGCCAAUACCAUCAGCAAGUCAAUGCUUUAAAUUUUAUCAGAUUGGGUUUGAUUUCUAUACCUUCCUGUAUUACUUAUCUCGCUAAUGAUGUUGUCUUUAUUGGGUCCCAAGUGGGCGACUCACAACUUGUUCAUAUCAACAAAUUCUCUACUGGCGCAAAUAAAGGAGAAAUAGUAGACGUACUGGAAGAGUUUCCUAAUAUUGGACCAAUUACCGACUUUAUUGUAGCUGAUUUAGACAAACAAGGACAAACCCAAUUGAUCACCUGUUCGGGUGUCGCUAAAAAUAGCACCUUACGUAUCAUUCGAAAUGGUGUUGGGUUAAAUGAAUUAGCUACAAUAGAAAUCAGCGGCGUGAAAGGUAUAUGGACGUUACGCCCAUCAUUAGAAGAUACCUACGACGAUUUACUAGUCAUAUCAUUUUUUGAUCGAACAACUCUACUAGAGAUACGUGAUAACGCUAUGACUCAGUUAGACUUCUAUGCGAGCAUAGACUUGCAUUCGAGGACGUUGGUUGCCGCAAAUGUGAUCGACAAUAUGAUCAUACAAAUAACAGAUAAAAGUGUCAGAUUAAUGGAAGCUGAUAGAAAUGAAGGCAUGUUACUAGACGAAUAUUUACCAGAUCAGCAAUCGACUAUUACUGUAGCUGCCGUCAAUCCUUCACAAUGCGUCAUUUCUACUGGUUUUGGUCGGCUCAUUGCCUUUCAACUCAUCAACAAAAAACUUCACAUCAUAAAUAGCAUACAGUUACCUUAUGAAAUUUCGUGCUUGAAUAUCAACCCUAUUCAUGUAGAUAAGCCUCUACAAUCAGAUGUCGUAGCUGUCGGACUAUGGGAGCAAGUGGGUGUCUGUUUACUAUCCUUGCCUCACCUAAAUAUAAUUGCUGAGGAAUUACUUGCAGGUUCUGUCAUGCCACGCUCCAUCCUCAUGGAAAGGUUUGAAAACAUCUGCUACCUAUUAGUAGCCUUAGGCGAUGGACAAUUCUACAACUUUAAACUAGAUACUGCAACGUUGCAACUUUCCGACAAAAAGCGGUCGUUCUUGGGUAAGUUUCCUAUUUAUCUCAGCUCUUUUAAAUCCAACGGUACGACACACGUCUUUGCUGCCUCUGAUAAGCCCAGUAUAAUACACAGUCGUAACAAGAAGCUUAUCUACUCCAAUGUCAAUAUGAAAGAAGUGCGCUAUGUAACUUCAUUCAACAGUCGUUUAUUCCCCGACACAGUUGCACUUACCACGAAGAAUGGACUGAUCAUUGGACAAAUGGAAGAAAUCCAGAAAUUACAUAUUACAAAGAUACCCACCAUAGAUACACCUAGACGUAUCAGCUAUCAGGAGUCAACACGCACAUUCGGUGUUGUCACUGAAAGAUUACCAUCUUCUUCCCCUUCCAAUCAACAGCAAAAUGCUUAUACCAUGCAAACUACGACUGGCGGUUUUGAGCUAUUAGACGAUCAGACAAUGCAAGUGUUAGAUAGAGUAUACUUCAAACAGUUUGAACGACCUUUAGCAGCUCUCUCUAUAAGUUUCUAUGACAAUGAUAUAGACAUCAAUAGUACUCAUGAAGGCAAUAGUAUGACAAGCGAUAGUAGUAACAAUAGUAAUACUGACAAUAAUGAUCGUAGUGGUAAUCAGAGCCAGCAACGCCACACUCAUAACCAACAACCACAUCAAGAAGAGCAUUCUCGACAUGGGCAGCAGCAACAACGACAACAACAGGGAGAAUAUUAUGUGCUGGCUACUGGCAUAGAUACGGAUCAAUACGAACAGAAAUGUGUGGGUAGAAUCUUUGUUCUUCAAGUGAUAAGCACAUCCACAAACGAAAGAAAACUAAGAGUGGUAGAUCAAAUUAAAACAGACGGCAUUGUUGACUGUUUAAAGGCUUUCCAAGGCAAACUAAUAGCUAGCAUGAGUGGCAAGCUACAUGUAUAUAAAUGGGAAAAAACAUCGGGUAGUAAAGGACGGCUAAAAUCGGUUUGUUCCAAACCAUUGCCAUCGGUUACUGAAGCCAUUUCUACUUUCAACGACUACAUUAUCACUGGUGAUAUGGCUUAUUCUAUCGUAGUCAUGCGUUACGAUUCUCGAACCGAAAGCUUAAUAGAAGUCGCUGCACACGAACGAUUAAAGGAAAUACUGGCUAUUGAGGCGACGGACGAAAACUUGUAUGUAGCAGCGGAAAGAGAAGGGCACUUGUUUGUAGUGGAAAAAUGCAGUGAAGAAAACAAUGACGCUAUUGCGACGGACGAACCUUUAUUAGAAACAGUUAGUGUGUGGCAUCUGGGGGAUACAGUGAGAAGAAUUCGGUUUGGCUCCUUUGGAAUGAACGAUGAGAAUGAUCCAGACCGUAAACCAACAGAAAUGACGGCAUCUAGUCUGAUAUUUGCCACAUCCAGUGGUGCUAUAGGCUUGAUUACAGAUGUGCCGCAUGAUAAAUUUAAACUGUUAGAUCAGAUGCAGUAUAAUAUGUCGAAAGUGGUAAAAAGUGUAGGCGGAUUAUCGCACACAGACUGGAGAAGUGUAUGCAUAAUGGAUAGAAAAGAUGAUGCAGUUAACUUUAUAGAUGGUGACCUUAUUGAAAGCUUUUUGGAUUUGACGCCUCAGCAGAUGCAAAAUGUAGUGGACGGCCUAUACGGCGGGAGAAAACUCGACAAGUCAGUAGAAGAUAUCUGUAAAGUCGUUGAGGAACUAAUGAACUCUCAUCCCUAAGACAUUGAUAUGUACUUGCUGUCUUUCCUAAUAUAAUAUAACUGUAAAUAGUACUCUAAUAUUUGUUAAUACAUAUAAAACAUGAUUAUCCGUGACAGGUCUAGAAUGCUUUAAGGUUUGCUCAAAGGAAGGUAGCUGCAUCGUACAUACUCAUGGAAGCUAUAUGUAUAUUUACUGCUAUUUUAAUCAUAUAUGAUCGUGGUUACACACAGGCCUUUUAAUUUUUUUUAUGUCAAAUGGUCAUGCAUACCGCAGUGUCCGUAGUCCCAAUGUUCGUAAAAUGAAUUUCCUUGAAGAUGACCGCUCAAGGUUCGUUCUUCUUUUAUGUGAAUCAUCGGCCAAUGUACAACCUCCAAUUACAUUUAUCUUACUUUUGACUUAAGGUAGUUCAGAGUCAUUGUCGAAUAUAAAAGGUUUCCAAAUGAUUCUUUGCCUUCGCUAGUUUCGAAAAUUAUAAUUUUCAGGUCUUUUAUUGAAG